CACCACCGUCAGCUUAUACGAUCUUUCUUUAGUAUUUUAAAAAAUUCACCUCUUCUCCUUUUCCCUCCUUCAAAGUUCUCUCUCUGUAACUUCGUCACAAACUAUGCACCUCACGGAACCCUAGGCUUGACGGACUUGAACACAGUAACGGAUUAAGAGAGGAACUAAUUGGUGUCCGUAAGAGGAACUCUAAAAUGCAGGAUAUUUUCGGAUCGAUUCGGCGAUCACUGGUGUUUCGAUCGACAUCGGGAGAAGAUGGAGGAGUAGGUAUCGGUGGAUUGGUUGAGAAGAUAGGCUCGAGCAUUCGUAAAUCGAGAAUCGGUUUGUUUGGUAAACCGUACUUACGGGCUCUUCCGCCUAUUGUAAAAACCGAAGCGGCGCCUAUCCGGUGGAGGAAAGGUGAGUUGAUAGGGUGUGGCGCGUUUGGUCGGGUGUAUAUGGGGAUGAAUCUUGACUCUGGAGAGUUACUAGCUAUUAAACAGGUGACCAUAUUGCUCUCUGCAGUGCUUCAAAAGAAAAAAACACAGGCACACAUAAGGGAACUUGAGGAAGAAGUGGAGCUUUUGAAGAAUCUUACACACCCAAACAUUGUGAGAUAUUUGGGAACUGCCAGAGAGGAUGAUUCGUUGAAUAUACUGUUGGAAUUUGUACCGGGUGGAUCCAUAUCAUCUCUAUUGGGAAAAUUCGGAUCCUUCCCCGAGUCUGUUAUUAGAAUGUAUGCAAAACAAUUAUUAUUAGGACUUGAAUAUCUUCACAAAAAUGGAAUAAUGCAUAGGGACAUUAAGGGGGCAAACACUCUUGUUGACAACAAGGGUUGCAUUAAACUUGCUGACUUUGGUGCAUCCAAGAAAGUGGUAGAGCUGGCCACAAUAAAUGGUGCCAAGUCAAUGAAGGGUACUCCAUAUUGGAUGGCUCUUGAAGUUAUUCUACAGACUGGACAUAGCUUCUCUGCUGAUAUAUGGAGUGUUGGAUGUACUGUGAUUGAGAUGGCUACAGGAAAGCCUCCCUGGAGCCAACAGUAUCAAGAGGUUGCUGCUCUGUUCCACAUUGGAACAACUAAAUCCCAUUCACCCAUUCCUGAACACCUCUCUCUUGAAGCAAAGGAUUUUCUGUUAAAAUGCUUGCAGAAGGAACCAGACUUCAGACCUACUGUAUCAGACUUGCUGCAGCACCCAUUCAUCACUGGGACAAAUCAGGAAUCUCAUCUUGUUUUCCGCAAUUCAAUCAUGGAGUCUGGAAAUUUGAUGGCAACAUCAGGAGUGAAUCUUAGAAACUCCAUGAUAAGACAGUCAACCUGCUCAGGCUUGAAGGAUAUCUGCAAGAUGGGUAGUGUGAGGUGCUCAACAGUUUAUCCAGAGCAUUUAUCUGCUGGAUCCAACUGGGGGGCAAACAAUUUUGACGAUGACAUGUGUCAAAUAGACAAUAAAGAUGAUUUUGGGGUUAGGGCAUCUGUAAAAUUCAGGAGUCUGGAAAUUUAAUGGCAACAUCAGGAGUGAAUCUUAAAAGGAACUGUUUCGAUUAUUUAAUCAUUAAGGUAAUACCAUGUAGAGUUGGAUUAACAUAAUAUUG